AUGGCUCCUCUAAAUGAGUUUCACACGUUCACACGGCGGCACGCGCCAUUCCACUCCGGGGUGACCGACCUUGUCGUUGUGCAACUCCUCAUGCCCAGUAUCGCGAUCCUCUUGGUUGCCAAUCGUAUUUAUUUCCGCGUAAAGUUGGCUAAAGUUUUGGCAUGGGAUGACUAUGCCAUUAUUGCUGCUAUUGUUUCGUGCAUUGCGAUGAAUACUAUCCCACUUGUUGGUGUUUCUUACGGUUACGGGAAACCGUGGAAUGAGCUGUCGAAAUCUCAGCAGCUCAUAUCCAUGAAGUUGUUUUGGGCUGUGCAAAUUGCCUACAAAUCCACUCUGAACAUCUGCAAAAUGUCAAUUCUCCUCCUAUACCGGCGCAUCUUCGCAACCCGCAAAUUUCAAAUUGCAGUCAACAUCGUCUUUGUAUUUGUCGUUCUCUAUUUCAUUGCCUCCGUCGCGGCAAACCUUCUUGAAUGCAGGCCGGUUGCGAAAAACUUUGACAUGUCAAUCCCAGGCACAUGCAUAAAUGUUACGGCCCAUUGGCUUGCAAAUGCUAUUUCAACAUCAAGCAGCGACAUUGUCACUCUUCUUCUCCCCAUGCCUGUGAUUCAUAGACUUCGUCUUCCACCUCGACAGAAAUACGGUUUAAUGUGUAUUUUUGCCUUGGGAAUAUUCGUUUGCGUAAUAUCGGUCAUACGCAUGACAACCAUCCCUUUUGGCUCACAAGCCCAUGACCGAAGCAAAGGUACUGUUAAUACUUUGAUGUGGGCCAUGGUCGAAGCCAACACCUCUAUAAUUUGCGCAUGCCUCCCCAUGCUCCGCACACCACUCUCGAUGCUCUUCCCCACGCUUUUCCCCCCAUUCCACUACGGGGGUGAGACACUUUCCCACCAAAGCUCGAUAACCGCCGCUGAAGCCGCCAGAAUUUCAGAGGACCCCGAACAGAUGCAAGAGGAACAGAUGUUGAAGUCAUCAAAAAGCUUAUUGAAAACCACUACGAUACAGGUAUCGAUCAGCCAGAAAAAUGAGGAGGGUCCGCGUUCGCCAGGAGAAAGGGAGAUGGAAAAGGGUGCGUGCCCACUGCCAUCGACGGAGAAACAAGGAGGUGAUGAUAUACCGUUUGAUAUUAGUGCUCCCAGACCUAUGACGCCUUUGCUACCUCUUUCUUCCUCCCCAGUAACUCCUUUGCCAUCCCCGCCCCCGUACGGGUCUAAUACAACGUCCAACGUGGGAGAGUAA